GCAGUGGCGGAGGAAGAGCCACGUGUUUCCCUUUCUCCAUCCCACCCUCCUCAGGUCUGAUUUUCAUUAGCGCUUGGGACUCGCAAAAACAGUUUGCACUUUCUUCACCUUAGGCUGCUAUGUUGCCUUUCCCCUUUAGACACUUUGCCAAGCCCCUGCGGAGAUGCUGCCAGGUUGGGGGAACUUUGCGGGCCCAGCACAGCAAAGCAGCGGCCGCAUCUGUGAAGGAGGCCCCAGCCUGGACAGGGCAGGAGAGCUUGGCGGAGAGUGACCCUGAGAUGUGGGAGCUGGUGCAGCAAGAGAAGGACCGGCAGUGCCGGGGACUGGAGCUCAUCGCCUCAGAGAACUUUUGCAGUCGAGCUGCCCUGGAAGCUCUAGGCUCCUGCCUUAACAACAAGUAUUCAGAGGGCUAUCCUGGCAAGAGGUAUUAUGGUGGUGCUGAGGUGGUGGACCGGAUUGAGCUGCUGUGUGAACGCCGUGCUCUUGAGGCUUUUGACUUGGAUCCGGAGCACUGGGGAGUGAACGUCCAGCCUUACUCGGGGUCCCCUGCUAACUUUGCGGCCUACACAGCCUUACUGCAGCCCCAUGAGCGCCUCAUGGGCCUGGACUUGCCUGAUGGAGGCCACCUGACACAUGGGUACAUGUCUGAUGUCAAGCGUAUCUCAGCCACUUCCAUCUUCUUUGAAUCCAUGCCCUACAAACUAAAUCCAGCAACAGGACUAAUUGAUUAUGACCAGCUAGAAGUAACGGCCCGGCUCUUCCGCCCUCGAAUCAUCAUUGCUGGCACCAGUGCCUAUGCCCGCCUUAUUGACUAUGCCCGCAUCAAGAAGGUGUGCGAAGAGGUGAAGGCCUACAUGCUGGCAGACAUGGCCCACAUAAGUGGCCUCGUAGCAGCCAAAGUCAUCCCUUCCCCCUUUGACUAUGCCGACCUGGUGACCAGCACGACUCACAAGACGUUACGCGGGGCAAGGUCUGGGCUGAUCUUCUACCGCAAAGGUAUCCGUUCUGUGGACAAGAAGACCGGCAAGGAAAUCCCCUACAAUCUGGAGGAGAAGAUCAACUUUGCUGUCUUCCCCUCUCUACAGGGUGGGCCCCAUAACCACGCUAUUGCUGCUGUGGCUGUGGCAUUGAAACAGGCUAGCUCUCCCAUGUUCCGAGAGUAUUGCCAGCAGGUGCUGAAGAAUGCCAAGGCCAUGGCAGAGGCAUUGCUGCAGCGAGGAUACACGCUGGUUUCAGGUGGCACUGAUAACCACCUGAUUCUUUUGGACCUGCGGCCAAAAGGCAUGGACGGGGCCCGGGCUGAGCGGGUGCUGGAAUUGGUAUCUAUAACUGCCAACAAGAACACCUGUCCGGGGGACAAGAGUGCAUUGACACCUGGUGGCCUGCGCCUUGGGGCACCUGCGCUUACCUCCCGACGGUUCCAGGAAGCUGAUUUCCAGAAGGUGGUGGAGUUUAUCGACGAAGGCAUCAAGAUCGGGCUGGAUGUGAAAAAGAAAACCACCAAGCUCCAGGAUUUCAAAUCCUUCCUGCUGAAUGACCCAGAGACAAAGCAGAGAUUGUCAGACCUCCGGCAGCGUGUUGAGACCUUUGCUCGUGCCUUCCCCAUGCCUGGCUUUGAUGAACGUUGAGGCUGUGCCCAGCCAGAGACUGGCUAUUGCACCCAGACGGGUGGAGCUUGCAAGAGGCCAGAUCCUGAUGUUCCUGGAACCCUGCCUCUGAGCCAGCAGGGGGCCUUCUUCCAGCCGUGCAAUUUCCUGGGCCACUUUCUCCUCCUCCUCCCUGCGCCCAUUUUAUAGAGACUUGAACAACUGACCACCUUCUGUUUAUAUCAGGGCUAGUCUCUGGCCCACAAGACAUGUGUAAUGUUUUGCCCACCCAUUGUGCAAGAUGGGUUGUGAGAAUUAAAAGAGUUUCAACAGUU